AAUUUCAAACUGGAACCCGCCCCAGAAGAAACCUUCGACACCUACGACUGUAUGAACCAAAACUUCUACUGGUCACAGGAUUUCAGCACAUACGCCGGCCGACAGGAACCUUACAACUUCGUACCUGGCUCCAAAAUCAACUCCCAAUCCCCAUAUGAGCUAUUCACAUCAAUAUGGGAUAGAAAUAUCAUGCAGAAAAUCGCGGAUGAAACUAACAAGUACGCCUGGCAAACUAUCACCCCUAAAUGCAAGACUGAAGGCGGCAUACCGAACACUUCUAGACUUUCUAGGUGGAAAGACACUACGGUUGAGGAGUUGUAUCUUUUCUUCGCCGUUUUGAUUUUCAUGCCGUUUUGCCACAGAGAAAAACUUGCGGAUUACUGGUCGACGGGCAGGUUGGAAAUGUCUAACUUCAGAUCGUUAAUGAGUAGAAAUAGGUUUCAGUUGCUCCUCAGAUUCCUACAUUUUGUUGAUAAUGACACGCUCCUGGUUUCUAAAGUAACUGGAAAUGAGAAGAAAUUGGCUAAAAUUAAACCUAUCAUAGAUUACUGUAAUAUGAAAUUUAGUAAUCUUUACGUGCCUGGACAGUAUUUGAGUCUCAACGAAUCGUAUCCGCUGUGGAAAGGUCAGUUUAAUUGGGAGAGAAGCAUUAAGAACCGAGAGCAGUUCGGCUUUAAAUCGCAUGAGCUCUACGAAGCUAGGACUGGUUAUUUAUUGAAAUUCCUCAUAGAUACCGGUCGAGGGACCGACGAGAGAGCGCACGCGAAAACCACCCUUAAACUCAUGCAGCAAUACUUAGACAGAGGCCAUUCUGUGGCUAUGGAUGCCACAUACACACAAGUCCCUUUAACUCGGUACUUGAAAACGAGACGGACCGACGUCAUCGGCUUAAUAAACAAGGAGAGACCUCUCAUCCCUGAGGUUAUUAAAAAUAUAGAUGAUAAGAGAUUACAGAAAGGAGAGUUACUCUCCUGGCAGAGCGGAGAUAUAUCCAUUAUAUCCUGGAAAGACGCGGAACUCACCACAAUAGUGUCAACCUACCACAAACCAGAUAUGGUGUUAGUCGCUCAGAAUAGCUUAAGUCACAUGCUCCCGAGAAUCCCAUUAGCUCUCCACGACUACAACAAAUGCAACGUAGACAAAGACAAAAAAAUGUCCUACACCAUGGAGAGGAAACGAGGUCUCAAAUGGUACAUCAAGAUAUUCCGCCGACUAUUAAACUCCAGCAUUCUAAACGCUUACGUUCUUUACCAGUCGACCUGUAACACUUCGAAACCUAUAAGCCAUAGGAAUUUUCGUUACGAUCUGGCUGAAAAUUUGGCAGUUCGCUACGGAGUUAACAAAGUAUCCGCCCAACCGGUGUCUAGAAGCAACGAGAUUAGGUUAGACGGUAAAAACGACCAUUAUCCGACCCACACAGAAAUGCCAAGUGGCAAAAAUCGGAGGAGUAGACGUCGAUGCCACCGGUGCCAAGCGCUUGGCCGCCGUAGUCAAGUCACGGUGAUGUGUGCCAAGUGCCAAGUCGGCUUGUGCAUUGGGCCGUGCUGGAAGGAGUACCACACGCUUAAAUGUUUGAAUAAAGAGAAACCUAAGAAGAAAGGUAAACUUCGUAGAUAAUUGGCCAAUAGAGUA